AAGACAGGAUAAAGACUGCCCUCAGUCUUUUGGUAAUUUUGUCUGUAUAUUUGAGGAUAGUGUGGUGAGCGGGCGACCGGGACAACUGUGCGGUGAUUUGAGUUCUUGCCGCGAGACUCUUCCCCGACAGCGCAACACGUCCCAGGAAGAGUGCACACAACGACUUUUCGUUCGUGGCCCACCCGAUAUGCAUUAGGGCAGUCGCACCUGGAGAAGAAGAUAGGCCCAGUAAUAAUGAAGUUUGAAGUUCGGAUGAGCGGGACAAUGCAGACAAGACACCGGAUUGAACUGAAGAGCCUGAAGUUUCUGUUUCUAUGUCUUUCCGUGGCCAUCCUAGCAUCAGGAGUUGACGCAGGUGGUAAGAAGCACAAUGGGCCAUGUGGAGGAAGAGACUGCAGCGGAGGAUGCAAAUGUUUCCCUGAGAAGGGCGCCAGGGGCCAACCUGGUCCUCUUGGCCCGCAGGGACCCAAUGGGCCUCCAGGGGGCCUAGGGGAUCCAGGAGUCCAAGGAGUCCAAGGAGAGAAGGGCGACCGGGGCAGAGGAGGCUUCAUCGGCCCCAAGGGUUCUGUGGGGAUGACUGGUGUUCCUGGGUUUUCUGGAUCUGACGGUAUUCCUGGCCAUCCAGGACAGGCAGGGACUCGUGGGAAACCUGGAGCAGACGGGUGCAACGGAACACAUGGAGAUUCAGGGUUGUCAGGGAAACCAGGCUACGAUGGCCAACCCGGGUAUAAUGGUCAGGCAGGCAGAAAGGGACAGAAGGGAGACACUCUGGAGCUUAGUGUGUUCAUGGAGCGGUUCAGGGGAGAUUCAGGACAGCCCGGAUAUCCUGGAUUUGUUGGUCCUCAGGGUUACCCAGGUCGGUCGGGCUACAGAGGACUCCCAGGACCACAGGGCCCAUUAGGGUUCCCUGGCCUUCCUGGACCAAAGGGCACCAUGACCAAAGUGUUGAAGGGGGUCAAAGGAGAAGCGGGUGAGGCUGGACAGCAAGGUCCCCCAGGGAACUCCACCCAUCCUCAUACCAGCCCACUUACCGGACCCUAUGGCAGAAAGGGUGAAAAAGGGUUGAAAGGUGAAACUGGAGUUGAGGCUGACAACAAAGGAGAGACUGGGAUUAUGGGGAUGCCUGGGCAAAGGGGUGUCCCUGGUCGGGAUGGAGAGCAAGGACUAAGGGGGGACCUUGGAGAACCAGGAUUUAGGGGCAGAGAUGGCCAAAAGGGUGCCAUCGGAGAACUUGGGGAGUUGAUCUAUUAUGAAGGUCCCUCAGAAGGGCCUAACAGAGUUGGUCCCCCUGGACAGCUGGGACCCCAGGGAGAGAUGGGUUUGCAGGGGGAGAAAGGUCUGCCGGGCCGGGCUGGACCUCCUGCUAGGAAGAGUGAUAGUCAAAUACAAGUGGAGUACCUGUGGGGUCCGUUCGGGGAACCGGGGAUAAAGGGAGAGACGGGCCCACCUGGAGAGCCAGGUAUCCCUGCUCUCAGCCCCGGACCCCCAGGUAUCGGCGGAAUAUCUGGGUUGAGGGGCCCACCUGGACCACCAGGAUCAUGGGCGGACUUCUACAAGGGAUUUGCUGGGUCGAGAGGGCGGCCAGGCUCUGCGGGGAGAAAAGGACUGAAAGGUGAUCACGGGUUGUGUGAGUGUAACAUUGUCCACUCUCCUCCGGGCCUGCCUGGCCCUGCUGGCAGCCAAGGCGACCCUGGAAUGAGUGGCGAGUUUGGUCAGCAGGGCGAGCCAGGCGAGCCAGGACCCCAAGGUGUCAUCGGACUGCCUGGGUUCCCUGGUGCCACAGGACAACCGGGUCCAAAGGGCAGGAAGGGCGAGUUAAUUUGGGCCAAAGAGAAAGGAUAUGCCGGGGACCCAGGAGACCCGGGUGCGACUGGUGACCCAGGAUUGCAAGGCUUCCCUGGGCCAAGAGGGAUCAAUGGAUUCCCUGGGAACCGUGGUCUUUCAGGGGACGCACCCGAGGGACUCACUGGAGAAAAGGGUUAUCCUGGCCGGUCGGGUCUCCCUGGGUUGUUUGGACAGAUGGGAGAACCGGGACGGGUUCUAGGUGCCACUAAAGGGGUCAGAGGGUUACAAGGCGAUGAUGGGGAGCCGGGUUACGCUGGUGUCGAAGGUCGAGCUGGAGAUCCAGGAGUGUCUGGCUGUAGUCCGAGAGGAGAUGAACGACUGAAUGACAAAGGCGAUUGUGAUGCCGUACCCGGACCACCCGGUAUGCCAGGACCACCAGGACCCCAAGGGUUAGUGGGUUUCCCAGGCAUCCCAGGUCAAAAUGGAUUCACAGGUCCACUUGGAGAUGACGGGGCCAAAGGAGAGAUAGGAGAGCAAGGCAUAGGAGGGUCUCCCGGACAGCCAGGUUUCACUGGCCCCCGUGGAGACCUGGGUCAGCCCGGCGCCAAGGGUAAACCUGGAGAUCAAGGUCUGCCAGGCCAACAGGGCCGGGACGGGGAGUCCGGGGAAAAGGGACCACACGGGGAGAUCUGGGGAGCGUCGACCGGACAAACUGGAGAAGUGGGUCUUCCUGGAGAGCAGGGACCUAAAGGUUUUAGCGGAGAGCCUGGAAACGAGGGCUACCCAGGGAUGGGUGGCAUGCCUGGGAUGAUUGGGUUCAAGGGCGACAUGGGUCCUUCAGGUCUACAGGGGGAGCAAGGAAGACCGGGAGCUGCUGGGAAGUACGGCUGGAAAGGUGUACCCGGACAGGUGGGAGUCCAUGGACCAACAGGAAGCAUCGGACAACCAGGUUUGAGCGGAGGCAGGGGUGAUCAGGGCGACCCUGGCGCCCCGGGGCCAAUAGGACUGAAGGGGACACCAGGGGAGUUUGGAGGUCUGGGUGCUGAGGGAAACACCGGACACCUGGGUGACCCUGGAGAGCCAGGACCUACAGGACACUCUGGCCUGCCAGGGUUCAAAGGUAUCAAAGGUUCUAUUGGCAUGUCAGGGUUUGGAGGUAUGCCUGGUGAGUCGGGCCUGAAGGGCUUCUCUGGACAGAAGGGAGAGGAUGGCAUACCUGGCGGAUUUGGACAGAAAGGAAUCAUGGGCGACUAUGGUUCAAAGGGUGAACGUGGUCUGAGUGGCCUGCCAGGCGAGAAACCCCUCAUCCCUCGUCAGAUCAUCAAUGACAUGAAGGGGACCAAGGGAGAAGAUGGAACCCCAGGACAAAUCGGAUUUACUGGACCCAGAGGUCCUAAAGGUUUUCCCGGAGUUCCGGGUAUGGAGGGCUACCAUGGCGUUCCCGGAGACCCCAGCGAUGAGAAGGGUUUCCCAGGCAACCCAGGGGCGCAGGGACUUCCAGGGCCAAAAGGAAUGCCAGGUCCGACUGGAUCAAACGGAAUCAGCGGCUUUCCUGGGAUGUCUGGUCACAGGGGGGAGAAAGGUACCCCGGGUGCCUACGGAUCUUCAGGAGAUCCAGGAGUGAAGGGUGUCAAAGGUGAGGAGGGUCCCAUAAUCGACAUGCCUGGAUCCACAGGACUGAGGGGGGAGGAUGGUUUCCCAGGGGUUCCAGGUCAGAAAGGCUACAUUGGGAAUCCGGGAGACAGGGGCGGUGGUGGUUUCCAUGGUAUUGAUGGCAUGAAAGGGGGGCUGGGAGAGCCUGGCAUAGGAGGACCUCUAGGAUCUGAUGGUCAAGGAGGGUUUCAAGGCAACCAGGGUACGAAGGGAUGGCCUGGGAUCCCCGGAGAAUCAGGCACAAAUGGACGGCCAGGCUUCCCAGGACAGAGAGGUUUUCCUGGACUGAAGGGUAUAUUGGGACUGGAUGGACUGAAGGGUGAGAAGGGCAUCCCUGGACUUCCAGGUCAGGAUAACUUGGGAACCCCAGGUGUUCCUGGUGCUAAGGGAACGAGGGGUGAGACCGGUAUACCCAACUCAGAGGUCGGGACCCCAGGAUCGCUGGGUUUGAAGGGCGUUCAAGGACAACCAGGUGACCAGGGCCAGGUGGGACCCCCAGGGUUUCAGGGCCCCCAAGGACCACAGGGCACCUCAGACAAACCUGGACCAUCAGGAGACCCUGGCUUCCCUGGACCCAAAGGGCUGCCAGGUUUCCCUGGGCCCCGUGGAUAUCCUGGUGAGCCCUCUCCAUACGGAGAGAAGGGUUUAGCUGGCCACUAUGGCUUCCCUGGAUUCUCUGGUCUGAAAGGAAAGCAGGGGGAUCAGGGACCAUCAGGCUACAAAGGACAGAGUGGAGUGUCUGGGAAGAAAGGUGUGAAGGGAGAGCAAGGGAUGAUGGGAAUUCCUGGUAGGUUUGGUUUCCAAGGAGACCGAGGUCCUUCUGGCCCAAAAGGACAUACUGGACUCAUAGGUUACCCGGGAGCCCCAGGUAACCAGGGCCCAGCCCCAGUCCCCACCAGGAUGCCAGGAGAAAGGGGUGCUCCAGGGCCUCAGGGCAUCCGAGGACCAGAGGGGGUACGAGGGGAGACUGGCCCGAAAGGACCCCCUGGAGCUCCAGGCUACCUGGGCCCCCAGGGGCAGAAGGGGAUGCCAGGGGUGGGUGGCAGACCGGGUACCCCUGGGUACCGUGGAAAUGACGGAGGGAGGGGCCACCUUGGUCUUCAGGGCAUGGAAGGACACCGUGGUAACCCAGGUAAUACAGGGUUGCCUGGCAUGCCUGGACGCAGUGUGAGUGUGGGAUAUCUGCUGGUGAAGCACAGCCAAUCAGAGCAGACCCCCAUGUGCCCCGUGGGCAUGUCCAAGCUGUGGGAUGGCUACAGUCUACUGUACUUCGAGGGCCAGGAGAAGGCCCACAACCAGGACCUAGGUCUGGCAGGCUCCUGCCUCCCUCGUUUCAACACCAUGCCCUUCCUGUACUGCAACCCCGGAGACGUCUGCUACUAUGCCAGCCGCAAUGACAAGUCCUAUUGGCUAUCCACCACCGCACCCCUUCCCAUGAUGCCCGUGGAAGAGGAAGAGAUCAAACCCUACAUCAGCCGCUGCUCUGUGUGCGAGGCGCCAUCCGUCGCCAUCGCCGUGCACAGCCAGGACAUCACCAUCCCACAAUGCCCUGUGGGCUGGCGCAGCCUGUGGAUUGGCUACUCCUUCCUUAUGCACACAGCAGCAGGUGACGAGGGCGGUGGUCAGUCUCUGUCGUCCCCUGGUUCCUGUCUGGAGGACUUCCGCACCACUCCCUUCAUCGAGUGUAACGGGGCCAAGGGCACCUGCCAUUACUUCGCCAACAAACACAGCUUCUGGCUCACCUCCAUCGAACAGUCCUUCCAGGCAGAGCCUGCCUCCGAGACCCUGAAAGCAGGCCAGUUUCUCUCACGCAUCAGCCGCUGUCAGGUCUGCAUGAAGAACCUGUGACCUGGCUCUCACUUAGUCCCCUUUGACCCUGUGAUGUAAUUUCCUGUGACCGUACCCCCCCACCAAACGCAAUUCAGGUAGACAUUACACUUAGGCACAGAUCUAGGAUUAGCUCACCCUCCCUAAAUCUUAAUCUUAGCCAUAAAGGGGAGAACACAAAACAGACCUUAGAUCAGCAUCUUGUGAUGACUGAAGGACUGUGUGAACGCUUCAAGUGGAGAGCAAGUGUCCUGUGGUGAUAAUUGGAAAAGAAUCCCCGGCAUUGAAGUCAACAGCAAUAUGAAAUAUACAUGUUAAUGUUAUUUUUAAAUUGUUUGUCCUAUUUGAUAUGGUGCUCUAACUUAUUACCUCAGCUAUGUUAUAUACAGUGCAUUUAGAAAGUAUUCAGACCCCUUCACUUUUUCCACAUUGUUACGUUACAGCCUUAUUCUAAAAUGUAUUAAAUAAAACAAAUUCCUCAGUCUAC